AUGAAGCGUGACUGCCGUGCCCCCAAGCAACUCAAGUGGAAGAAGGCGGAAGCCGCCGCCGUCGAGGGUGUGAGGGUAGUUGAGAUCGCCAGCAUCGACUACGACCAAAAUGACUUGGAAGACGCCGUCGAACGAGCCAUGGACGCUGACCCUGAAGGACAAUGGUACACGUCCCACGGGCCCGACCAUGAAGAUCCACGGGAAGGAAGCACAAGUCGGCAGGACCCGCCCCGAGGACGGACCACUGUCCAAGGGCAGACUCACCGGGCGCCGACCUGGGAAGAAAUCAGCACCAUCGCCACCGUGGACCGGACACUCCUCACGAUCGCGCAUGUUAUGGGUACCUCCCCGCCCCCAGCACCCACGCCGACGCCUGAACUUCUAGAAGACGACAUUCGGGACCUCAUUGACCCGUACCGAUACGGACGUCCCAACGAUCUCGCCACGGGCCAUUGGCUGGACCCCUUGGAGGAUUACCACCAAAAGGGUCAGGAAGGCGAGAAAUGGGACGACUUCUGGAAGAAACGAGCAUUCAUCAUUGAAGGAGAACCAACGACAUCCUGGGACGACCUCCCCUGUCAGAUGGGAGCCUAUCAGCCAGUAGAAGGGGACACUGCGCAAAUGCAUCCUCUUCACCUGCUGCACUUCCGGAUGCCGUGGUUCCAAUGUAUCACCCACGGUUGUCACGAACACUAUGGAAAGAAGCGGGACAAUCGCUUCUGGCCCGUUCGGAGAACGGACGCACAAGGACAGCCCAAGCCAGUCACCCGGACUUACAGUCGGGGCAGACCCCAAGACACUCUCAUCAUCGACGAGUGGUUCGCUUUCAGCUUGCGACCCUUCGGAAGACAAGAAGAGUGGCUGUCCCCCAGGAGACUCGCAGCCCGACCGCUCAACGUGUAUACCUGCACGGGAUGGGGAAACGAUCCCCAUUGGGGAUGGUGCCCGACAGCCGACUGCCCUAUACACAUGAAGCAGAAAGCCAGGGCUUACGAGACAGAAGUCGCCCGUCACCUCCACCAGGCCAAAUCGGCCGAAAGCACAGAGGACGAGAAAGCCGCACACUUGGCUUGGCUACGGGAACAUAGCUUGCUGGACGAGCACGAACCUGUAGAGGAGGACGCUCCCAACAACCACAGCCAAGAAUUGGGAAACGGCUCAGGGCCUUCAGGGAGGCCCGACGAAAAUUAA